UUUUUUUUUUUUUUCCUUUAUAAAAUGGUCCUAGGUUCUGGGGGAAAAGAGUGGGGUUGUCUUUCUUGUAUAAAAUAGAUGUUAUACGAUGGCUUAUGGUAGAUCUUACUUGGUCUUGGGUCUUGCUUGGUAUUGGUAUGGAACUGGUUGGUGCAUGGUUCUAAGUUUCAUGUUGAAGAUGCAUGCUAAUGACCACAAUGUACCCCGGGUUGACGCCGGUAUGAUAAAGAAAGUAAUAAAUACAUAAGAGAAUCCCGAUUCCAGUCUCUUACCAUGAAUAUAAACACCGCUAUGAUC